GGCAAUGUUUCGUCAUGCCGGAAGAGAACUCGCAUGUAUCAAACCCAAAGACAUGCACUGCAGGUGAAACCUAAACCAACCUUUAAUGCUCGGAGUUGGGAGUACGCAGCUCAUUUUAGGUAAUUAGCUGACCAAACAUGGUUUGAGAAUGUUUACGGAACGGUAACUGAGAUAAUUAUCGAUGCAAUUUGUCGUCAGUUUCCGUUAUUUUGACAAACGGCGAAGGUUUUUAGCAUGAACGGCGUCCAUGUGAGGCUCUUCUCGCUGCUAGUCGCUAAACACAGAGCUGCUGCUGCUGCAACAUUCCCGCGUUGCUGCGGUUAUUAUUCUCGUUUCCACCAGACUGUUUUCCAGUUCGUCCGGUCAAUGGCGACUGUUGGUGAUCAUUUCCCCUUGAAGAGGCUGCCGCCGGGCCAGCAUAAGAGGCAGAUGGAGCUGCUGCGGUUCGUGAAGUCCAAGGAGGGGCGGAGCAAGCGGGCAGACCGUCUUGGACCGUCCACCGUGUACAUUCAGGUGCUCGGCGCCGGAAGCAGGGACAACUCUCCGUCGGUUUAUGUAUUCUCUGAGUUCAACAGGUACCUGUUCAACUGCGGGGAGGGAACUCAGAGACUCUUGCAGGAACACAAGGUGAAAGCUUCUCAGUUCGACAACAUCUUCCUGCCCCGGGUGAGCUGGGAUAACGUGGGCGGAUUGUCUGGGAUGCUAUUAACCCUAAAAGACAUUGGACUUCCUGAAUGUGUUCUUUCUGGACCUCCACAGCUGAAGAACUACCUGCACGCCAUCAAGUCCUUCGCUGGCUCUAUGCAAAACAUCAAGCUGACGGUUCGAUCGUACUCUGAAGAGCCAUACGAAGAUGAAACCAUGACGGUGCGUCAGGUGCCGCUGUUCGCCGAGUUGAGAGGAAACCAAGGAGAGUCGGGCAGGAGCAGCCCGUCCCAGAGUCCUCCGAGAAGAGACGCUUUUCAAAAUAAAAGUCGAGGGCGUGAUUCAGCAGGUGAAAGCCAAGAGAUUUUUAGAGACCCGUCCCUGGUGGUUGCCUUCGUGUGUAAGCUUCGCCCAAAGAAAGGGAACUUCUUGGUGGCUCAAGCCAAAGAGCUCGGAUUGCCGAUAGGCACAGCAGCGAUCCAGCCUUUCAUCAUGGCUUUGAAGAACGGAAAAAGCAUCAUGCACGAAGGAAAAGAGAUCCGGCCUGAGCAGGUCUGCACCCCCUCUGACCCUGGACCAGUUUUCAUCAUUGUGGAGUGUCCAUCUGAGGACUUUGUUGAAGCUGUUUGCACCAAUCAGCAGCUGAGGAAACACCAGGCCGAAGCAACAGAGGACUCCGCAGUUCUGGUGGUCCACAUGACUCCAGAGUCUGUUCUGCAGACAGACCAGUACAAAGACUGGAUGAAGAGGUUUCCCUCCACAACAGAACACCUGAUCCUUAACGAACACGUGUCCACGAUUCAUAACAUCAGCAGUCACAAGCUCCAGACUCAUCUCAACAUUAUCCACCCGGGCAUGUUUCCACACAUCAAAGUCUGCAAAUCGAAGGGGUCUCUGACAGAUCUGGGCGUCCCUGUGGUCCGAGCCGAAUGUCUGCUAAAGUUUCACCUCAGACCAGUACAGCAGUGGCAACGAGACGCCAUCCCUUCCUGCAGCCGCGAGGAUUUUGUGAAAGAAGUCGCUGAAAUCCCAGAAUUCCUGGAGAAAGUGGAAAAGUGCAGGGAGAUUUGUUCAGCUGAAGCUGCGGAACUUUCUGAUUCAGCUGAAAAGUACCCAGAGAUUGUGUUUCUGGGAACGGGGUCUGCUCUUCCAAUGAAGGUCCGGAACGUCAGCGGCACGCUGGUCAACAUCAGCCCGAGUCAAUCCAUUCUGUUGGACUGUGGGGAGGGAACCUUCAGCCAGCUCUGCAGACAUUACGGAGACGACGUGGACGAGGCUCUGUCCAAGAUCUCAACCGUAUUCAUCUCCCACCUGCACGCCGACCACCACACAGGGCUGCUGAAGCUGCUCUACCAAAGGCGUCGAGCGUUGACCAGUUUGGGGAAGACUUUCAGCCCCAUCUUCCUGGUGGCUCCGUCUCAGAUCAUGUUGUGGCUCGGACACUACCACAACUACUGUGAGGAGAUUCUCCAUCACUUCAACCUGAUCUCAAACAUGUCGCUGUGCAUCGGCGUCAAGGAGUCUCAAGAAAAGAUGCAGUCCUCCUCCAUCCAAGCCAUGCUGAGCGCCAACGGCCUGCAGGAGUUCCAGACGUGCUUGGCGCUUCACUGUAAGAACGCCUUCGCCUGCAGUUUCGUGCACCAGUCAGGGUGGAAAUUGGCCUUUUCAGGAGACACCAUGCCCUGUGAAUCGUUCGUACACAUCGGAAAGGAUGCAACGGUUCUGAUCCACGAGGCGACGCUGGAGGACGGGCUGGAGAUGGAGGCUUUGGAGAAAAGACACAGCACGACGUCUCAGGCCAUCGGCAUCGGGAUGAAGAUGAACGCCAACUUCAUCAUGCUAAACCACUUCAGCCAACGUUAUGCCAAGAUCCCCAUCUUCAACGAAGACUUAACCGAGCGGGUGGGGAUAUCCUUCGACCACAUGAGGAUCCGCUUCACAGAUUUUCAAACCCUUCCCAAACUGAUCCCGGCCCUGAAGAGCCUGUUUGCCGAGGAGCUGGAGGAGCUGGAGGAGAGAAGGGAGAAACGAGAGCUGAAAUCCUCGAGAGGAGGCGGCGAACAGAACUGGUCCGAGGUUGAACGAGGAGCCAAGAGGGAGCAGGAGGAGGCGACGGACGAGGACGCCAAGAGGCUGAAGCUCAGCUGAUCGCACAGAACCUCAUACUUCAUCCUUAUUUUAUUUACAAACUCUAAGUUUUAUUUGCCUCGAGUGGUUCAACUGAAGAAAAUGUUUUGUUUUCUUAAGUGCAGAAAACAAAAUGAGUUUUGAGUAGUUUGGUUUUCAUUAAGCAGAAUAAAACAAAACUGCGCUGGAUCAUUUCUACGUUCAUUCAUCCUGUCAGGAACCGUUUAAAAACACAAAGCUAGAAAAGUG